AUGACAAGCAGGUCAGAUAAUACACGUAGUAGAGGUCGUCGCGGAGUAGUCAGUAGAGGACGAUCGAGUCGUGAAAAUGCUGGUGAAGGAACAUCAAGUAGAGGUGCCAGUGGUCCAAGACGCAAUUAUAAAUGGACGCCUAGAACAACUCGAAUAUUUCUUGAGCUUGUUAUCGCUGAAUUAGAGGCGGAAGACUAUACGAUUAGGGUACCAUUAGCUGCUGGUAAACGGAGGAUCGAAGAAAAGUUUGUUGAACUGACUGGUGAUUCGAUCGAGAUGGAACCAUCAUGGUGGAACGAUCGAUGCGCGGAAUUCGGUGAAACAAACAAAAAAUAUAUAACCGUGUUACAAAAUAAGCCUCUUCCGUUCCAAGAUUUACUAGAUGUUAUACAUAGCAAACACGAUCUUGAGCAAGACUCUCGCUAUUCACCCCACAUGCUUGGAGUUCAUCUUGAUCUCGAAAAAGAACCAUAUAAUGAUGAUGAUGAUGAUGAUGAUGUGCCAGUGGAUGACACAGAAGAAAAUGGUCGAACCGUAGUUCCUCCGGAUAAUUCUAAUUUAAGAGCAUAUGAUGAUGAUUUACCACGACUCUCUCGGUCACCUAGAGAGACAACUCGACAUGCUCGACACUCAACGCAUGCGACGGCUUCACAUGCUCGGAAUACUUCGACACGACGUACUCAUCUGAGAAGAGCAAAUUUUGAGGCACGAAUUGAUGGAAGUUUUCAACGUAUGGAAGAAUCUCGUAGUGAGCUACUGAAUGUGGUGCGCUCACGGCAAAGCUCAAAACCGACGUAUGGUGAUGCAUUAGCUGUACUUGAAUCAUUGCCAAUUGAGCCAAUGAAUACAUUUUGGUGGGAGGCAAACAAGUUGCUAAUGAACGAUGAAGAUAUUCGUGACGGAUUUAUGAAGUUACGAAGUGAGGAGAAUAAAAUUCGACAUUUGGAGCGAUUAUCCGGUAUGGAUAGAUAUGGGAAUCCUUGUGAUCUAAUCAACUUACGAGUAACUAGCAGUAAUAGUGGAAGUGAUUAUGUAAGAUCUGAUGCUUCUAGCUACGGUGGUACUGGGUCUUUCGGUGGAGCAUCUGUUGGUGGUGGGUCAACUGGUGGAGGAUCUAUUGGUGGUGGAUCGACUGGUGGAGGGUCUAUCGGUGGGGGAUCGACUGGUGGAGGGUCUGUUGGUGGCGGAUCCAUUGGUGGUGGAUCAGUCGGUGGUGGGUCGGGUGGUGAUCAAGGUUUUGACUUAGGCACAUGGGAUAACAGUAAAAUGAUGGUGUUUUUCCUUCCCCUCCACUACCAGGAUCGAUUUCUCCAAGUUAUUAUCCUAACUCCGGGACUGGUUCAGGGUCACGAUGGACGAAUUUUUCUUCAUUAUUUGGGAUUGACUCUCCUAGAUCUGUAG